GACGCUCUGUUCGUGGUGCUGAAAGAGAGCUCACGCACGCACACACACACACACACACACACACACACACACACAACCUCUGUCAUGGCGUCUUCUAACAACGUUAACCCCAUCAACUAUAGCUGGUGGCCCAUAUCUGCAAUGGAUGAAGACUCCAAAUUGGCAGAGGAAGAAGAGAGUCGAGAAGCAGUAGUCGAGUCCAGACCCUUUUCAAAAGACAGACUGGUUCUGUAUCACUGGACGCAGUCUUUCACCUCACAGAAGGUGCGGCUGGUCAUCAAUGAGAAGGGCCUGCUUUGUGAAGAGAGGGAUGUUAGCCUGCCAUUGAGCGAGCAGAACGACCCUUGGUUCAUGAGGCUCAACCUGGGAGAGGAGGUGCCUGUGUUCAUCCAUGGAGACACCAUUGUCAGCGACUACAACCACAUCAUCGAGUACUUAGAAAAGAACUUCGUAGGAGAGAUGGUGGCCCAGCUGAUUCCCGAUGCCACAACAGCCCUCUACGCCCGUGUGCAGCAGUACCGAGAGCUGCUGGAUGGACUGCCCAUGGACGCCUACACGCACUGCUGCAUCCUGCACCCGGAGCUCACCACCGACUCCAUGAUCCCAAAGUACGCCACCGCGGAAAUACGCCGACACCUGGUCCAUGCUGCAUCUGAGCUGAAGAAGCUGGAGCAGGCAGAGUCCCAGCUGACAGAGCUGGAGCCCUAUCUGUCCAAACAAAAGAAGCUCAUGGCUAAGAUCCUAGACCAUGAUGAUGUUAACUACUUGAAUAAUAUUCUUGGUGAAUUGCGUAUGGUAUUGGAUCAAGUGGAAGCGGAACUAGAGAAGCGGAAACUUGAAUAUCAAGGACAAAAGUGUGAACUCUGGCUUUGUGGUCCCGAUUUCACUUUGGCUGAUAUUUCCCUGGGAGCUACAUUGCACCGCCUAAAAUUCUUAGGACUUUCAAAGAAAUUUUGGGAGGAUGGGAGCAGACCCAACCUCCGGUCAUUUUUUGAACGUGUGCAGAAACGCUAUGCUUUCCGUAAGGUCCUGGGAGAUGUCCACACCACAAUCCUGUCUGCGGUUCUCCCAAACGCCUUCCAGAUGGUGAAGAAGAAGCCGCCAUCAUUCAUUGGAGCAUCGUUUCUAAUGGGAUCGCUAGGAGGGAUGGGAUACUUUGCCUAUUGGUUUUUAAAGAAAAAGUACAUGUAGGAAAACUCGUUUUGCAGUAUUUGGCUUCUGUUAGCAACUGUUAGCAGCAUGGUUUUUGAUGCCAUGUUGUUUUUUGACAUCGCCAAAACACUAGUGAAGUGCUGAUACAAAGUCACUAAAAUAAUAAUGUGUGUACACAAGGUAAUGAAUUUAUCAUUUUUUCAUGUUUUUAUGUGGAACAUAUGAAAGUAGCCCCUUUGUACACCUCAAAUAACAAUUUCCAAGUACAAUUUAAACAUACUUAAAUUAUUGCAACACGAUUCUGGAUAGAAAUCAAUGCAGGAUUAUAUUUAGAAUAUACUGUAAUGUAAUAUUGUUCUCCAGUAUAUAGGUGAAAAGUAUAUAGCUGUAGACACUGCAUGAAGCAAAAUAGGAUUUUAGCAAUGUAUCAAAAAAUUCUAAUUUACAGUUAGAUAUUUAAUUCAACUACUACUUAUUUGAAGUCAGUUUCAAACAAUUUUUGGAAUGUUGCAUAACCUGUAGUUAAAGACUCUUCCCCUUCAAAAAGCAGUGUGCUAUUUAUGAGAAUGUUUACUAGCUAGUUGGACAUUUGAAACAUACCAACAAGCACUCUCUCCCUCUGGUGUUUGCUAUUUUAUGCAUUUCUGUCCAAGAAAUCUUUUGAUAUGGAAACCGAUUUUUCACUGAAACCAUGCAGUUAAAAAAACUUCUCAUUUAUACAGUGCUAUUUUUCUAAUUACCAGAAAAUACUGCCAGAUAUAGUUUCAAUAUGGAGGAUGUUAAAUGUUCUCAGUUUUUACAUAUAUUUUAGCAAGUGUUUGAUGGUGUUGAGAGAUUAAUUGUGGAAGAUUACUGGAAAUAUGGAAAAUAAUUAGUCCACAUGAUGAAUAUAUCACGGUGAUACAACUAUUUUCAGUACUCAUUGUUAGAGCACAACUAAAUGACUUGGUUUCCAAACAUUUCAAUUUUGUCAAACAAUUCAUAGAGUAUGCACCCUAGAAAAGCAGUCCCUUUUUGCACGUUUUAGUUAUAUUUGGACAGCCAUUUUGUUUUGCUGCAAAGCAACAUCUUUAGUCAGUAACUGACAGCUAAUUGUAACUCCACCUGUAUGGCAUUCAUGAAACCUCUCUCUCCUAUCUCUGUUUCUUAACUGCUGAGUAUACCUAUAAACUAUGUAUGUGUUUAAAACUGAACCAUUAUCAUCUACGCAUUAUCAGUUUUGAGAGUUAUCCAGAAACCAAAGACAGCGACUUGUGUUGUUCAUGACAGACUGUUGUACAGAAGACUUAAAACGUAUCCAGUCAUAUAAUAUAAAUUGUUAUUGUUAGCGUAAGUAGUGUUGCUGAAAUGAUUAUGCAAAAUGGUGAUGAGUGUUUGAGGGUCAUUUUAACUUUUGUGAACUUUUCAGCAAGAAUACAAUGAGAAAACAAAGUAGCCCAUUGACAGAUUCUCCACUGCUCUGUAAGUAUGUGCAGAUAGAUUAUGGUCUGGGUUUGAAUUACUGCACGGACGUGCUGGAAUUAUUUGUCACAGCUCACAAAAAUCUUCAAGAAGAACAGCUAAAAACACAAGAAACCCAUGAAGAAGUGCUCGAAGAAGAAUCACCAUGUAAUGAGGAGCAAAGUGACCAGAUGGACACAGAAUUGGCAUACCUCAACCAAGUGUCUUUUGGCCAUGGGGGAUUCUCCCAUCAGUAAGAAAAUAAUUAUCCUCCCGAAAGUGUGGAGAAAUGAAGCUAAAAUGUAUAUAAACUUCUUUCAUUGUUUUACAGUGACUAGUUCCUAUAACCAUUCAAUCACCCAUUGUCAGUAGUCCCCAAUUGUACAGUAAUUGUACUGUAAAACGAAAAGUACAAGAGAUCCCAAACUGUAAAUUGGCAAGUAUAUAGAUUGGAAUUUAUAGCACUACAUAUGAACAUUUUUAAAGAAGUUUUGAGAUAGAUUAUUAACUUUAAUUGUUAAUAUCAAACUGAAUACAUUCCCCAGAAGAGACAAUUGAUUGUGCCACACUAUUAUAUUACCAUGAUCUGUUCUGCAGACAAGGACAGGGUGGGUGUGUAUACUGCGCUCAGGAACAUUCAUAUCCGUAAGACAUGCCAUAGGUAAACCAUGAGAACAACAUCGGAUGUUUACCUGCUUAGGUUUCCCUUAGUAAUAUUAAACUACCAGACAACACAAAAGUAAAAUAGGCUGAGCUGUACCAUCGUAUAUACAGUAGACCAAAGAAUUAAUUUUCAAAACUAUACAUUUCACAAGUCUACACAAAAUGUAGAUAUGAAAUCGACAAUUAUUUUGUGCUUUAUAAUUUUUAUGGAUGUAUGGUGAUAAAAUGUUUGCUUAUUAGUAUUGGGCGAAAUAAUACCAUAUUAAUAAAAUGAAUUAAAGAA